CAGCUUAACGGCAAUAAGCCAUUCGCGAAGUUUCAGUAAAGCUUUGCAGUUGUUUACGCGGUUAAAAUAUUUAAUUUAACUUAAAGGAAGCAAGGUUUUGCAUGCAAAAAUUCAAUAAUGGCAACAACAACAAGUGCAGUGCCACCAUUAGCUACAUUGAACACGCCAAAUUCAGCAACAACGAUGGAUGAAAAGCUGUCAGGAAAUUUUUUAACGCUAGAGAAUCCUGUCUUCUGCUGUUUCCUUUUCUGGGCUAGCGUUUUGGUGAUUAAAAUGCUCCUCAUGUCAUUGUUGACAGCACUGCAACGAUUCCGGAAUAAGAUUCUGUGCCUCCUGCCUCAUUGCUGUUUACGAAAGGUCUUUCCCAAUAAAGAAGAUUUAUUCUUCAAAGAUAUUGAGGUACAAUUCGAUGAUCCCCAUGUAGAGCGGGUGCGUCGCGCACACCGCAAUGACAUGGAAAAUAUUUUGCCAUACUUUACUAUGGCUAUACUCUACAUAUGCACAAAUCCAGAUCCAACUGUGGCUUGCAUCCUGUUCCGUGUUGUAGCUAUUGCUCGUAUAUUGCACACACUGGUCUAUGCUUUCUAUCCAGUUCCACAACCAUCACGCGUUAUUGCUUUCGGCGUUGCUUUUGCCAUAACUAUCUAUAUGGCCUGCGCUGUAGCAUUGGAUGUUUUGAAACACAUUUAAAAAUGUACAUAAAAAAGAAUACUGCAGAUAUGUUCUUUCUUUUUCUUUAAAAUAAAAUCGAUCUAAUGUUGAGAUUGCUUUAAAUUAUUGAUUUCGUUAUAUUCCACUUAAAAUGAUAACAAUUCUCUCACAUUUAUGCUGAUUACAUAAUAAGACUAGUAACAAAUAGAAUGUAAAAUAAUUUA